UCCAACGGUCGAGUCGGGAGGGGCAUUUCCGUCCAACCCCACUACCCCCAGGAUUUUCAAAAUCGCCGAGCCGCACGGCGAAGAGCAGAGAGACCAUCGAAUCCCCACUCGAUCCCAUCCCCAAUCCCUCCCGCACCGACGGCCACACCAUGCGGCGCGAAGACGCCGGCGGCGGCGGAUUCCACGAGCUGUUCGACUCCGUGCGCCGCUCCAUAUCCUCCCGCGCGGGCGCCGCCCUCGACGAGCCCGCGUCGUCCUCCUUCUCCGCCGCCGCCGCCGCCGCUGGUGGGUUCAGGGAGCGGAUCAGCAACCGCCUCCGCAAGUCGCGGGGCAUGGGGCUGCUCGGGAUGCCGUCCAAGAGCCCCUCGUCCACGCGCCGCCUCUUGCCACCGCCGUCUCCGCUGCCCGUGGCCGCGGCCUCCGACGGAAGAGGUGGGGGCAGCGCGGUAGGGGAAGAAGGAGGAGAGGAGAUCCCGCCGAUCCGGUGGCGAAAGGGAGAUCUCAUCGGUAGCGGCGCGUUCGGGCAGGUCUACCUCGGCAUGAACCUGGACUCCGGCGAGCUCAUCGCCGUCAAGCAGGUUUUGAUCGGAAGCAGCAAUGCCACGAGGGAGAAGGCCCAAGCACAUGUAAGGGAGCUCGAGGACGAAGUGAAGAUGCUUAAGAACCUCUCACACCCUAAUAUUGUUAGAUAUAUUGGGACGGCAUGUGAGGAAAACACACUAAAUAUUCUGUUGGAAUUUGUUCCUGGAGGUUCGAUCCAGUCACUACUUGGGAGGCUUGGAUCAUUCCCCGAGGCUGUUAUCAGGAAGUAUACUAAACAGCUUUUGCAUGGCCUGGAGUAUUUGCAUCGCAAUGGAAUCAUACACAGGGAUAUUAAGGGAGCAAAUAUACUCGUUGACAACAAAGGAUGCAUCAAAUUAGCAGAUUUUGGGGCAUCUAAGCAAGUAGAAAAGUUGGCAACGGCAACUGCUGCGAAGACGAUGAAAGGUACCCCGUAUUGGAUGGCACCAGAAGUCAUUGUUGGGAGCGGUCACAAUUGUUCUGCUGAUAUCUGGAGUGUUGGGUGCACUGUAAUUGAAAUGGCAACAGGCAAACCCCCGUGGAGCCACGAAUAUCAGGAGGUUUCUCUUCUGUAUUAUGUUGGGACAACAAAGUCACACCCACCUAUACCAGAACAUCUCUCUCCAGAAGCAAAGGAUUUCCUGUUGAAAUGCUUACAAAAGGAACCAGAAAUGAGAUCUGCUGCAUCAACCUUAUUGCAGCACCCAUUUAUUACAGGAGGAUUGGAGGAUCUUUGUCAGCUUAAUCAUGCUGCACCCAAGGAAACCUCCAACAACGAGCUUGCUGCAUAUGGAAUGCCAGCUGGUGAAUCGGACUUGAAUCGCCCUGGCAAGCCACGCACUUUGAAUUCUUACAAGUCAUCAGACACCAGAUCAUUAUGGGAUCUGCAUUGCAAUGAUGGCAUGUGUCAGUUUGCUGACAAAGAUGACGCCCCCAUGGUUGGAUCAGUAAGAGAAAGCUUCAAUCCUAUGUCUGAACCAUCUGAUGAAUGGGAAAGCAAACUUGACAUAAGCCCGGACCAACGAUUUAGUCAAUCAAGGGAGUUUGGUGGAUUAGCCAAACUUGCAGAGAGUCAGAUGUCUGAAAAUGAUUUUACUUUCCCUUGUGAGGGAAGCUGUGAAGAGGAUGAUGAAUUUACAGAAUCAAAAAUAAAGGAAUUUCUGGAUGAAAAGGCGACAGAUCUAAAGAAACUACAGACGCCUUUAUAUGAGUUCUACAACACAGUGAACGCUAGAGUUUCUCAAGGAGUUAGGGAUAUUUGCCGAGCAAGCAACAUAACUAGUCCCAAAUUGCCGCCUCGAGCAAUUAAGAUGGUGCGAGGUGCGGCAGUGGAGCCAAUUUGUGAUAAUCUGAAUAAGGCCAGUCCCAAUUGUUGCGGUAGGCGUUACUCAAGAAGCAGUGUGGAGAGCAGUCAAGUCUUGAGAGAAAUAGCUUCUCCUCAACUCAAUAAAUUUGAGGAUAAGGUCCACGAUGAUAUUCAAGACAAACCAAGCUUUAGCUCUUCGGAAAUAGAAAGGAAGUGGAAAGAAGAGUUAGACCAGGAACUUAAAAGAGAAAGAGAGAUGAGAUCGGGUGGCUAUGGUAAAGCACCAUCUCCAAAGGGCCGAAGAUUGACUGGAAAACGAGAUCGUAGUCCUGUCCACUGAAUGGAAAGUAAGAAUAUAAUCCAGCAGGACUGAUGCUAUAGGUCGUGUGACCUGACUAGUACAGUGCACUGCCUAACCAGUCGUGUGAUCUGACAAAACCUACAUAAGCUACCAAAUCCUUUUGGUGCUUAUAUCGUAAAGGAGUCUAAGCGAGCCACUUCUAAGUGGACUGGAGUGAGGGCUGUCAUGAUCUGCGAUGGCUGCAACCCUUGUAUUGCCUAACCAGUCUAAGCAACCCUUGGAUUGCCCGGACGAAAACAGUGAGGUGGCAAUUUUCUGCAAUGUCAAGCUUCAUGUCUGCUAUGCCACAUUUUGCGAUUUUGGAAGACAUGGUGCUGUGCCUGUUGUACAAUUUUCUUCGCUUCUUUUGUUUCUGUAAGCAAUCAUGUAAUAAGACUUAAUCCAGAGGAUGGAAGGUUUAGCUGUUGACUGAGAAUCCAUUAUUCAUUGCAGCAAAACAGCAAAAGAGUGUUCGUUCCGACAGUUGGGAUUGCUAUGUGUGCAGCUGUAACUGCUCGAUAACCCUGAUUCUGGGACACAUGCUGCACAAGCUGAUUUUUCUUUUCUGGGACACAUUUGCAAGCUGAAACUUGCUGACGGGAGACUCCAAUUGCGUGCUCUCCUAAAACAGUUUUUAAGUCAGGA